AUGUCUGAAAAAUUGGAGGAUCAUGUGGGACCCUUGGAUCCAUUGGAACGAUUGGAACUAUCAACAAGACCUGAAGAAGACAAGGUAGUAGAUAAGGAAGAGAAUAAAAUAAAAGAAAAAUCAGCCAAUGGGGAAGAAGAGACGAAAGUUGAACCUAGCCGGACUGUGGACCUUGGAAUUUCAACUGAACAUGUGGUAGAUCCUGACAGACAACCAAGAAGGAAACAUCCUAGACAUAUUAGAGCAGCAAUUGACAAGGCAAAAUCGAGCCACCUGUCAUCAAGGUCACCGUUUGAGGACCCAUAUGACACUAUGGUGAAAACUUAUUCCCAUCGUCCAAAUAUUGUCCCACCAUAUGUUUUAGAUAAACUUUCACAAGUUCAUUAUAGAGACCAACUCAAUAACUCCAACGUUAAUAACCCAGAAUCUGAUCAGAUAUCCACACAUCAUCGCUCUGUUCAUUCGAAAAAAUCACAUAAUAACGACGAGGAAUAUCAAUCAUUUGCCAAUGAUCCAUUCAUUAAAUCCUUGGAUAACAAUUGGCAUAACUUCCUUGCCACUGUGAGACAACCAACUGCAUACACCUCUGAUAUGGUGGCAUAUGAUAAUAAGUUUAAUUCAGAUUGGAAUUUAGAAGGAGGUUGGGGAGGUGAAGAUAGAUUAAAACAUGCAUUAUUGGGAACCUCAUCAUCCGAUGAUGGAACUUAUGAUAAGGAGGAGAAAUCAGGAUGGUGGCCAUUCAAAAAUAGAAAUAGAGGUCCUUCAGCUGGACUUAACCUUGAACUUAAUGAGCCAUCACCUCGAGUACGGUCAAAGGCUGGAUAUUGGAUGUCUGGUGAGAAACGUGCUGAUCUUAAACCUACUCUUAAGCGUAUCUUUCUUCAAAAUCCACUCAUUCCUUUAUUUCUUCGUAUACUUACCAUUAUAUUUUCUACACUUGCAUUGGCAUUGGCUGGAUCCAUAUUUGUGCUACUGAGUCAUGAAUAUGAUGAUACCAAAAUUGUACAACAACCGCUGACUAUAAUGGCCAUUUGUGUACAAUGUUUUGCCAUAAUCUACGUGGUUUAUAUUGCAUAUGACGAAUAUCAUGGGAAACCAUUGGGACUUCGUGAUCCAGUUGAGAAAAUGAAAUUAAUUAUGUUGGAUUUAUUAUUUAUCAUUUUUUCACUGGCAAAUUUGUCGUUAGCAUUCAAUACUUUAUAUGAUCAUGAAUGGGUAUGUAUGAAUGAUAACAACCCAGAUUUGGCAACCAUUGGGAUUUUCUACCCUACAGUUGGACUGAUCUGUCGUCGUCAAAGGGCGUUACUGGCAUUUUUAUUCAUAGCCUUAUGUCUUUGGGUUGUUACCUUUACUAUUAGUAUUGUCAGAGUUGUUGAUAGAGUUAGUACCACUCCAAGAUCAGAUUAG